AUGGCACAAGCGCAUCUAUGGCAAGCUGUCAACAAGUCCGGUCGUUAUGCUGCAUUCGCAACCAUCCACACCCUCCUCGCUUUUAUUACACGACUCAAUACUGGUGUUGCCGGUCCCAUCCUGGAGGACGCGACUGCAUCUCUCCUCCUGCCGAGUGGCGACAGUUUCGCCGCACUGGCAACCGUUCUGGCCCUCCUCCGCUUGGUCGCAAGACUCUCUGCUGGUAUUACCGGUGCCGUCCUGGAGGACGCGAUUGCAACGGAUCUCGGUGAAGCGGUUAAGACAGGUGCAGCCAUCCUCACCGUCUUCACAGGGGACGCGGUUGACGUUACCAGUGCCGUCCUGUUCGGCCCUGGUGCAUUCCAAGGUCUGCGUAAUGCCUCCUCGGUUGGUGGAAUCGCCAUUACGCUGGGGCGUACGCUGGAAGACCCGGGGAUGUGCGAGCGCCGUGGUGGCAAGGAGGGCCAAGGCGGUGUGAGUGAAGAAUCUCAUGUUGGUGGAGGAAUUUGGUAUUGGAUUAGGUAA